AUGGAUUCCGGCUCCUUACCCACUCUACGCCAUUGCCUUCAUUUCUCUCCACUCCGGAGCCCCCUCAAACCACCGCAUCGCCAUCGAAAGCGUCCUCGAAAACUAGCGCACGAUAAUGAGGUUCACGACAUAGCGUGGGGAGAAGCUAGAGUCUUUGCGUCAGUCUCCGCCGAUGGGUCCGUCAGGAUCUUUGACUUGCGCGACAAGGAACACUACACUAUUAUCUAUGAGAGCCCACAGGCAGACACGCCUCUGUUAAGAAUCGCGUGGAACAAGCAAGACUUGAGGUACAUGGCGACGAUUCUGAUGGAUUCGAAUAAGGUUGUGAUUCUUGAUAUUCGGUCGCCGAAGAUUCCUGUUGCGGAGCUGGAACGGCACCAGGGUAGUGUUAAUGGUCUAGCUUGGGCUCUACAGAGUUGUAAGCAUAUUUACUCGGAUGGGAUUGAUCCUAUGUCGGUUUACUCUGCUGGCUCGGAAAUAAAGUUGUACUGGUCUUGUUCAUUGCCUGAUUGGAUUGGCAUUGCUUUCUCUAAAAAAAUGCAGCUUCUUAAAGUUUGAGGUUAUAGUUUAUUGCUUGCUUUUAUGAAAACUAAAGUUAAAAAAUCAUUAGGCAGUAAUUAGGCCAUUUAUAAAGGAUUAGUGCUUAGGCUGGGAGUGUCCGCCUAUACCAUCUCUUAAAAAUUGUUUAAAAUUCAUUUGUUGAACCAAAUGCUUGCUCUCUGCUUGUAUAUUAUAAACCCAACCAGAAUAAUAUUACUGCGGUUUUUUGUAUUUAGACUAGGAAUUGGAGCUUAGUACAAUGCACAUCUGCUUUUAUAUGUUGUCUGGUGUUUGAAUUUUGAUUAUACGCUUCAUAUUUUCGAUUAUCAUUAAUAUUUGUAAUUUAUAGUUGCAAUUGGAGCUGAGAAUAAACAAAUAAAAAUAAGCAAUCAUUUAUUAAAAAUAGUAAACCUAUCAAGGCAUCAAGACCAAUCAUAUUAGUUGAGAGACUCUAACCAGCAGCUUCUGACCAACUCUAUAUCUCCCUUAUAUAAGCAAAGGACUAUCUACAUGAUCCAAGAAGGUUCGAACCUUAUACAUAUAAUCUGUACCCACUCCAUCAAUCGGAAAAACUCUGUACUUGUGUGUGACUGGAUCGUAAUACAAGACCGAGAAAUGUCCAUAAAACCAAUAUAUUGGUGCGAAAACAAGUUCUCCUGUUCCAAUGGUGCCUUUGAAAAAAUACUUUGUACUUCCAACAGUUUCUUCCCAACAAGGAAGCUCAAUGCCACAUGUCUCCCAUGUUCUUUCAAGUUCAUUCAUAAUCCACAUUUCAAGAACCCCAGUUCCAUUCGGUUCAACCCGAGUUCCAGAUAAUUAUUAGGAAAUUAGGAUAAUAUCCAUUACUUAGAGAUACUACCAAAUCAUUCUAGGAUAUGUUCCAAUUCUGUUUUAGGAAUAUUGUCCAAAACUCUUGUAUAUAUAUGAUGAAUAAGAAAGUCUUUUGAGUAUCUUGUGGUGCAAGAUUUACAUGGUAUCAGAGCAGAAAAUUCUGAGACCUAAUUUGGCUUGAGUUCAAGUUCAACGUCGUGUUCCUGGAGUUUGAAGUUCGAGUUUCCAGAAGUUUCUUAGUCUGUUUGAAGUAUUGGAUCGUGUUCGUUGUGUGACGACUUGCAAUCAUGGUUGCAACAGAGGAGUCAGAGGCCAUGUCUCAAAUCGGAGUCUCCGAAGGAAAAGGUG